AUGGCGUGCGGCGGCAGUGCUCCGGCGUGGGAGGGAGGGGGAGGUCUGGCCGCAAAGCUUCACCGCGGCGAGGAGGACCCGUUCCGGUGUUCAGUUAGGACAGAGGAAGGGUGGAGAGCAGGGCUCCACGGUGGAGCUCAGGCGGCGGCGCAAUGGUGGGGCGGCGGCGCCGGUCCAGGUGCAGGGAGGGAAGGGGAGGCUUCUGGGAGCGGUGGAACGCAGGAGGGAGGUGUGAGAACGUCUACUGCGUGGGCCAAUGGAGGAGUAGACGAGCGAGGGGAGCGUGAGGCGCAGUCGGACGACACGGCACGUCGUCGUCGUGGCGCCCCGGCGACCAUCCUCGGCGUGCGCGCAGGGGGUGGCGCCGCGUGGAGGGGCCGAGAGCCUUCGGGAGAACCCAGGGAAGGGCUGGGGGCGCGGCGAGGACGCGGCGCGUGGCCGACGCCGGCGGCGAACGCCGUCAUGGCGAGGAACAGAGAAAGGAGAUGGAGUUGA